CUUACACCGCUCAAAUCAUCUGGAACGCUAGUCUGUGUCUACGGCCUGCACAUCAAGACCACGUCUGACUUGUACUCUUACAGUUCGGAUGGCCCAUUAUUGCGACCCCGGGGCCCUGGCAUAUAACGGCAGUUGCAACUCGGACUCGGACUCCGCCUCGCUGUCACUGACCGCCUGGACUGUAACUCUGGGCCGGCGCUGGCAAAGCCAUUGAAGAUUCUGUGCUAGAUCACAGGCCAUGUGCCAUUAGGCUUGUUAUCGUGAUGCUUUCAUGGUCUUCACAGACACAUACGGUUUCGCGUGCGCCACCGUGACCGCGAGUACGGGACGAGGUCUUGCCCUCGGGGCAGACCAACUGCACCAUCAUAUCUUCUCGAAGCAUUGGUACAUACAACUAUAUUCAGUAAGUAUUGCUUGGCACGUGGCACUGAGCCUCAGCCGGUGGCUCGCCUUGUGCUCCGUCUCGAUCAGCCGUUGAAUGCGACGUCGCGCACGUACGCACAC